AUGCCAACCUCAUCAGCACACCAACUGCACGGCGUGGCACCGCCAUCCCAGGACCUCCUCCGUCAGUGGCUGCAGCGUCACCUCGACCUCCUCCAGACCGAACGCGAUGAGGAACAGCGGCAGUCCAAGCUGCUCCUCUCAAAGACGCCCCCAAAGGUACUCGAACACAAUGGCCUGGCUCUCCUUGGCCUUGGUGUGGCCGGGAUACGCAUCGGGUUGGGCGCGAAGAUGCUGAUCGAGCUGGAACGUCCGAGCGCCUACCACACCUCGACUGCCUUCCCCGCCCACUCGUUUCGACCAGGAGAUCUGGCCGAGAUCCAGGACCACAGCGUUUCCACCGUCGCCGAGCCGUCCUCCAAGUCAUCCACCAAGUCUGCCGCCAAGUCCAAGACACAGCCAAUCCAGGGCGUCGUAUACAGGGUUUCUGACUCUCGCAUCGUGCUGGCCGUCGGCAACCGCAAAAGGGGCAGCGGGAAAGCAAAGGCAGUUUCCCAGUCGGCAGCGGCAGCUUCAGGUGCGAACGGAGACGCCAAGUCCGACAAGCGCGAUGCCCGCUCCGGUGAUUCGACCAAGGUCAGCGGCGACGAGCUCGAGAUUCCGGAGCGGGUGCGGCUCGUCAAGGUGGCCAAUGAGGCCACCUACGAUCGCAUGGAGCGGACGCUGACCAGGCUCGCCAAGGCGCUCGGCGUCAACGUCAAGGCCAGCGGAAGCGGCGACAACGACAGCAGCGAUGACGACGACGACGAUGACGAGCCUGCCGCCGACGGCAACACCGUCUCUGCUCCAAGAACUGCAUCCGGCGCGACAGCGCUGAUCCGCACGCUUCUUGGCCUCGAGCGCCCAGCCUUUGCCGAGCCGCCUGUCGAUCUACCACUUCCGCCCUUCAAUGAUCGGCUCAACGCAUCGCAGCUCCAGGCCAUCAGAUUCGCCCUCUCUGCCAAGCAGGUCGCGCUCAUUCACGGUCCGCCGGGGACUGGCAAAACGACAGCCAUCGUCGAGCUGAUCAUGCAGCUGGUCGCGGGCAACCUAGGCGUCCCCGCCGCCAACGACGGGGCCGGUGCUCGCGACACCAGAGGAGUACGUAUCCUCGUCUGCGGCGCUAGCAACCUCGCAGUAGACAAUCUGCUGGAACGUAUCGUCGGCAGACCGGAGCACCGCGAAGCACUCAAGAAGCGAGGGGCGGGCGGCCUCACCCGUCUUGGCCACCCCGCCCGGGUGCUGGCCUCGUUGCACGCCUCGACGCUCGAUGCUCAGUCCUCGACCUCAUCCGAAGGCCAGCUCGUCUCGGACGUGGCGACCGAACUCUCGUCUGCACUUGCCGCUCUUCGGCCACCUUCCGCAGCGAAUACGGCGGGCAACAAGUCGGUCCGAUCCCAACCGCGUCUCAAAGGCAACGAGAGGCGACAGCGGUGGGAGGAGGUGCGACAGCUGCGCAAGGAGUACCGGCAGCGGGAACGAGGCGUGACGAGGGCUAUCCUGGACCGAGCCCAGAUCGUGGUCGCCACCUGCCACGGUGCCGGCGGCAAGCAGCUGGCGGGCCGCGAGUUUGAUGUCGUCAUCAUCGACGAAGCGUGUCAGGCGCUCGAGGCGGUGUGCUGGGUCCCCAUCCUCAAGGUCAGGGAGGGUGGCAAGGUCAUCCUCGCUGGUGACCACCUGCAGUUGCCGCCGACCGUCAAAAGUCUCAAGAAGGGCGACGGACAUCGAUCGGCCAGGAAGGAAAAGGGAAAGGGGGCAAAGAAGCAGGACAAGCAGACCGAAUCCAAGGACAAGACAAAGGACGGUAGCGCUACUGGAGGCGAGAGCGACGCAAAGGCAAAAGACGACGAAGCCCAGCAGUCUUCUGGCGACGACGACGAGGAAGAUGUCAUCACCACCUUUGAAGUGGCACCUCAUUCCGGCGACGGCGACAAGACAACCGCUCCGCAACGCACGACGCAGCUGCGGCCGCCGCGGACACUCGAGACGACACUCUUUUCGCGGCUGCUCGGCAUGUACGGGCCGGGGCUCAAGACGCUCCUCUCGAUCCAGUACCGCAUGAACUCCGACAUCAUGGCCUUCCCCAACCUCGCCCUGUACGAAUCGAGGCUCGAGGCGCACGACUCCUGUCGAUCAAUCUCGGUGCGGGAUCUCGACAACUUCGUAGCACCGCCAUCUCGAUCCCGGCAGGACGGCGAGGACGGUCAAGGGGACGACGAAGAGGAGGUCGAGACGGCCAAAGUCGUCUUUUACGAUACGGCCGGGUGCGAGAUGUACGAGACGUCGUCGAGCGACCAGUCGGGCGACAGGGGCCCCUCGACGGCGGUAGGAGAGGGGAGCAAGAGCAACUACAACGAGGCCGACCUCGUACUCCGGCACAUUUCACUCCUCGUCGCACGCGGCAUCCGCGCCGAGCAGAUCACCGUCCUCUCUCCCUACUCUGCCCAGGUCUCGCUCAUCUCCUCACUCCUCCGCACCGCCACCUUUCCCCCUCCUCCUCCUCUUCCCACCGACGGAGGCGGAUCGGCGGUGACGGCGGCGGCGGUCAACGGCGAGGCAAUCGAGGUGGGCACCAUCGACGGCAUGCAGGGUCGCGAAAAGGACGUCGUCAUCAUCUCGCUGGUGCGCAGCAACGAAAACGGCCAGGUCGGCUUCCUCGACGAGAAGCGCAGGCUCAAUGUCGCAAUGACGCGCGCCAAGCGCCAGCUUGUCGUCGUCGGCGACUCGGAGACGGUGGCGGGACAGGGAGGGUACCUCAAGCAGUGGAUGGAUUGGCUCGACGAGAAUGCCCUCGUCGAGAGCGUCGUGACGCUAUCGAUGGACUAG